AUGGCGAUGUCGUGGAAACUAACAAAGAAGCUCAAGGAGACGCACUUGGGCACCCUGAGCCCAUUCUCCCGAUCCGCUUCGACCUCGACCAUAACAGAAAAAGAUGGCAAGGCCCAGCCCAGCCCAGGACUGGAAACUCCUGUCCCCGAGAAUGAUGCUGCUCCUGCCACAGUUACGGCCCCAGAACCGACCGCCAAAGCGCCAAAGCCCGGUAUCUUGAUUGUUACUCUUCAUGAAGGGCAGGGGUUCGCUCUCCCAGAAGAGCACCGCGACGCAUUUACCUCACAACACCACGGUUCAUUAUCGACGAGCAAUGCGGCAUCCGUCAGGCCUGGAUCCCAGCGUAUGGCAGGGUCCCUGAUCAACACCGGAUCGCACCGCCCCCAUUCGUCUGCUGGCGGCUUCUCCGGCAUUCCUACCAACCACGGUCGCAUAUCCGGAAAAUUCAUGCCCUAUGCUCUCAUCGACUUUGAUAAAGUUCAAGUUUUCGUCAAUUCGAUUCAAGGAAAUCCAGAGAAUCCUCUAUGGGCAGGCAGCAAUACGCAGUACAAGUUUGAUGUGUCCCGUGUCACCGAACUCGUCAUCCACCUCUACAUGCGCAACCCAAAUGCCCCGCCCGGCGCUGGACGCAGUCAGGACAUUUUUCUUGGCGUCGCUCGUAUCAACCCCAAGUUCGCAGAGAGACAACCAUAUGUGGACGACCCCAAGCUGAGCAAGAAAGAUCGUGAAAAGGCUGCCGCUGAACAUGCCCAGAAGCAGAACGGCGAGGGCCACAGCGGAGUAGAAUGGGUCAAUGUGCAAUUCGGCUCUGGCAAGAUCAAGGUUGGCGUCGAAUAUGUAGAGACUCGAGUUGGCAAGCUCACUAUUGAUGACUUUGAAUUGCUCAAGGUAAUUGGCAAGGGCAGCUUCGGCAAGGUCAUGCAGGUCCGCAAAAAGGAUACCAAUCGAAUCUACGCCCUCAAAACGAUUCGAAAGGCGCACAUCAUUUCUCGAUCCGAAGUUGCGCAUACCCUCGCUGAAAGAUCCGUGCUGGCACAGAUUAACAAUCCCUUCAUUGUCCCCCUCAAGUUCAGCUUCCAGUCGCCCGAGAAGCUAUACUUUGUCUUGGCUUUUGUCAACGGCGGUGAGCUCUUCUUUCAUCUCCAAAAGGACGGCCGCUUUGACGUGAACCGGGCGCGAUUCUAUACGGCUGAGCUGUUAUGCGCUCUCGAGUGCUUGCAUGGAUUUAGCGUCAUCUAUCGCGACCUUAAGCCCGAAAACAUUCUUCUCGACUACCAAGGCCACAUUGCGCUAUGCGAUUUUGGUCUGUGCAAGCUUGACAUGAAGGACGAGGACCGAACGAACACGUUUUGCGGUACGCCCGAGUAUCUCGCUCCAGAGCUCCUCCUGGCCCAUGGCUAUAACAAGACGGUCGACUGGUGGACCCUUGGUGUUUUGCUUUACGAGAUGCUGACGGGCCUGCCGCCGUACUAUGACGAGAACACGAAUGAAAUGUACCGCAAGAUUCUGUCAGAGCCUCUGCACUUCCCCGAUAUUGUGCCGCCGGCCGCCAAAGAUCUGCUUACGAAGCUGCUCAACCGCGACCCGAGGCAGCGGCUUGGAGCUAACGGCUCUGCUGAAAUCAAGGCGCAUCCGUUCUUCCACGCCAUAGAUUGGCGCAAGUUACUGCAGCGAAAGUACGAGCCUACUUUCAAGCCCAGUGUUGCCGACGCGUUGGAUACUGGCAACUUUGACCGUGAUUUUACACAAGAGAUUCCAAAAGACUCGCUGGUGGAUGGCCAUCCGCUUUCGGAGACGAUGCAGAACCAGUUCAAUGGAUUCAGCUACAACAGACCGAUUGCCGGACUGGGAGACGCGGGCGGCAGCGUCAAGGAUCCAUCAUUUGUGGGCAGCAUCCCCGAGCAUUAG